AUGGGUGCAGAAGAGACGAUCGCAAGCGAUGAAAACGCCACUGUGACAACACCAAGUCCAAAGCUAACACUAUUGCCUCUUGUAUUCCUGAUUUUCUAUGAAGUUUCUGGUGGUCCUUUUGGUGUGGAGGAUUCUGUGAAAUCAGGAGGUGGUCCUCUCUUAGCCCUUCUCGGGUUCUUAAUUUUCCCUCUGAUUUGGAGCAUACCCGAAGCUCUGGUCACAGCAGAGCUCGCUACAAGCUUCCCUGAGAAUGGUGGCUAUGUGGUUUGGAUCUCAUCAGCUUUUGGUCCGUUUUGGGGAUUCCAAGAAGGUUUUUGGAAAUGGUUCAGUGGUGUUAUGGACAAUGCUUUGUACCCUGUACUGUUUCUUGAUUACCUCAAACAUUCCUUCCCUGUUUUGAAUCAUGUAGCUGCUCGUGUUCCUGCUCUAUUAGGGAUAACGUUCUCCUUGACGUAUUUGAACUAUAGAGGAUUGCAUAUUGUUGGUUUUUCAGCUGUUCUGCUUGCGGUUUUCUCACUCUGCCCUUUUGUUGUGAUGGCUUUGCUCGCGGUUCCUCGGAUCAAGCCUAAGCGUUGGUUGUUUGUGGAUUUCCAAAAGGUUAAUUGGAGAGGGUACUUCAAUACCAUGUUUUGGAAUCUGAAUUAUUGGGACAAAGCUAGUACACUUGCAGGAGAAGUUGAUAGACCCGGGAAGACUUUUCCAAAGGCUUUGUUUGGAGCGGUUUUGUUGGUCAUGGGGUCGUAUUUGAUUCCGCUCAUGGCAGGGACUGGAGCUUUAAGCUCGGCUUCUUCGGGUGAGUGGAGUGAUGGGUAUUUUGCUGAGGUUGGAAUGCUUAUUGGAGGUGUUUGGCUUAAGGGAUGGAUACAAGCUGCUGCUGCAAUGUCGAAUCUUGGAUUGUUUGAAGCCGAGAUGAGUAGUGAUGCAUUUCAGCUUCUCGGUAUGAGCGAGAUCGGGAUGCUCCCUGCGUUUUUCGCCCAGAGGUCAAAGUAUGGGACACCAACAAUCAGUAUUCUGUGCUCAGCAACCGGAGUCAUAUUCCUGUCGUGGAUGAGCUUUCAAGAGAUCAUAGAGUUUCUGAAUUUCUUGUACGCGUUAGGUAUGCUUCUGGAAUUCGCAGCCUUUGUCAAACUAAGGAUCAAGAAACCGGAUCUUCACCGACCUUACAGAAUUCCCUUAAACACCAUUGGAGCUUUAAUGCUCUGCCUGCCUCCUUCUUUCCUACUCAUUCUUGUGAUGGUUUUGGCCACCGUAAAGACGUAUUUAAUCAGCGGUGUGAUCAUUGUUCUCGGGUUGGGCUUGUACCCGUUCUUAGAACUCGUGAAGGAAAAACGAUGGGCGAGAUUUAUCCCAGAGGAAACAAGACCAGUUUCAGGAGUUCCAUCAGAGUCACAGUUGGAUCAAGAAAAUGGAGAUGAGUCUUCUGCUAGUCUUCUCCCAUAA